AUGGGAGUGAAGGAUUUAUUUGAUGCGAGACGAUCUGAUUUGUCUGGGAUCACGGGCACCAAAGAUCUGUAUGUUACAGAAGUGAUUCACCAGGCCUACUUGGAGGUCAAUGAGAAGGGCAGUGAAGCUGCUGCAGCUACAGCCAUGAAUUUUAUGCUUGGGAGCAGCAUGUAUUCAGAGCUACACACGUUUGUUGCUGACCAUCCAUUCCUGUUCUUCAUUAAAGAUCAAAGAUCAGGAUUGGUAUUAUUUGCUGGCAGGUUGGCUGUUCCCUAAGAUCUUUCUGCUGAAGGAUAAACUUUAGGAUUAAGUUUUUAAUAUGAAUUUGGUUAUGGAUAUACAGUACAGUAUUGGUAUUUUCCUAAUGGUUUUUCAUGAAAUAUAAUUUUUAAUCCCCUCUCCAUAUACGCAGUUAUAUUAUGUUUAUCAAGAUUGAUGGCUGCUGAACUGAUGUUGAUUGACUUAUAAGGAUGCAGUUUACUUAAUUACAUUAAUAAACUUAAAAUAGUUCAUUUAUAAGUAAAUAUUUAGAAUCUUCACAUUCUGGUUUCAGUUAGACAAAAUGCUAUCCACUUAAUAUUUAAAAUAACACAAUUUUAGUCUAACUUAUUAUAUACUGGUAUAUGUAAUAUACAUUAUAUAUAAUUUAUUACUCAAGGGGGUGUAGUAAUUUGUUAAACUCUAUAAAGGACUAAUUAAUGAA